CAAGUUAUUUAAUCAAAUGUUAUAUUUAAGAAUUUAAUUAAACAACUUACCAUGUCGGAGCUAGGUAUGCUAGCUAACUAGCUGCUACGGUGCCACCUCACACUUCCGUAGCGUCGUAGACAGAUGACGUACGGAACCAGGAAGAGACGAACUGAAACCGCAGCGUCUUGCGAUUUAAACUAGAUUUAACACCGGUUGUAGGUUUAAAUAUCAGAGGUCGACCAUCGGCUAUUUAAAGACACAACCAACUAUCUAACGAAGGCUGGUGCAGUUUGAGGUGUGAGAUGCAUGUGACUGUGCGUGAGGUCCGUAUCUCCUCGGAUUCAGAGACUUCCUACUUCCUGCGAGUGGAGUGGAGGGGUCGGGACUUAGGCUCUGGCUUCCUGUUACUGCUCACUGAUGGACAGAACGCAUGGAGAGGAGAGGUAUCAGAGGAUGCGGUGAGGGAGGAGGCUGAGGAGUUGGAGAUGCAGACAGAUCGUUACAUCCAGGACCUCCAGCAGGCCCUGACUGGGACUGUAGCCUCUACUGACUACAGCUUCACCUUGACCUAUAACCCCGGCCCAAUGGCCAACAUGACCCUGGCCUACGAGAAGGUGCAGAGGGACAUCUCGUUCUGCCUGGGCUCUGUGUUGCUGGGUAAGAUUCCAGAGCCAGUGGAGGAGGUUAGAGCGUUACUCAUUCACGGUCUAGAACGUGGAACCGCACUGCAGAACCACAACCACUUACUAAAGGAGGAGAACCACAGACUCAAACAGGAGCUACAACACAUCAAUGCAGAGUUGCAGCUGUUUGUCAGUGGGAAGGAGACACUCGAGUCAGAGCUGUACUCUCGCUUCACCCUGGUGCUGAAUGAGAAGAAGGCCAAGAUACGCAGUCUACAGAAGAACCUCACACACCUGCAGGAGACCAGGGAAGAGGGAGAGAGCAGCAGUCCAGGGAAGGGAACGAAAAAGACGACAGGACAGACCAGAGAGGAGGAUGAAUAUGAAGCGAGCACUGAUGAAGAGCAGUUACAGCCUGCCUCUAUAGAACCCACCCAGGGGACGUCGCGUAGCCGCAGCCCAUUGGACAACAGUCUGAAUGACAUCACAGACGUGGCGCCCUCCCGUAAACGGCGCUUCCGCCACCUGCAACCUCCUGACACCGUUGCUAAGAGACCGACCUUGGAGCCAGCGCAGAAACCGAGGAGGGACCCCCUGCCAUCAUCCAGAGCAGCAGCCAAUAAGGACCAGGCUCCCCAGCAUUCUACUGAUGCCAUUCCUGAUGCUGAGGACCUGUUUGAGGACAUCUGAGUUCUAACCACUCCUCAAUCAAAUUCUUUCCAUCCCCCACCGCUUUCAUCUCUCUCUCCCUCCAUUACUUUCGUCUGUCACUCUAUCAGCUGGUCCCAACUCUCUUAGAACCCCUUCCCCUAAUUAACCCCUUCGAUGUUUGGAAAUCUGAAAGAUCAGGAUAGGUAUAAACAGUAUUGUGUUGGAGCUUCCAUCCUAUUCCUUCCACCUUACAGAUCCAAAUGUAAAAGUGUAUUAUUAAUAUCAUGAAUUUGGUAUCCUAUUGGUAAUGGUAACUCAUUUUAAAAUUACAAAGAUCCAAUCAACUAUG